AUGAAUUCCAAAAAGCUUGUCGCCGUUGACGGUCACCAGAUGAUGGCCCUGAUUGACAGUGGUAGCCGUGUGACUACAAUUAAGAGUUCGAUGGCAAAAAUGUUCGGGAAUCGAGAGCCUACUGACCUGUGGUUGAAGGGGUUUGGCGGUCGACGCAUUCGUGUGGAAGAGAAUGUGGAUGCAGUGCUGCAGGUGGAUGAAGUGUCAGAAAAAGUGGACUUUAUAGUAGUACCAAACUAUGCCCAGGACUUACCAGUGAUAGAGAGUGCAACGAGUCUGGCAACACUGGACAACUGGAACGAAAAUGAUUUCAACGUUAAGGAAAUUUGUGCCAUACGAUCCUAUUUGCCCAUCACCGAAGAUGACAUCAACUCGGAUGGAAAGGAAGUAUUAGUGAACGAAGUACUUAACUGCGUAUCUGAGUUCCGAGACUGCUUUUCCAAGAGCUACGGAGAGUUAGGUAAGUAA